AAUUGGCCUGAUUGGCCCGGGGAGCGGGAGGCUCCAGCCAAUCCGGCGGGGCGCGAUGCCGGGGCCCGCUUCGGAGGUCUGCUGGUGGAGGUGGGCGCGAGGAAGGGCGCUGUCCACGGGCUGGCGGUGCUGAUUGCGCGCGGUGGGGCCGGCAUGGGGCGCCUUUGGUAGCAGCGGGGGCAGCAGGGGCUCCUUCCCUCCCUGCUUGCGUUGGCCGCCUCGCUCGCUCGCUCCCUCCCUCCUCCGCCGCGCCAUGGCCUCCUCCUCCUCCUCCCUCCUGCUGUUGCUCCUGCUCCUCUCGGGGGCUGCGGCGGAGGCUGGCGGGGUCCCUGCGGCCGUGGAGUCCUUGCUGGAGCAGUUCCGCCGGCAGCAGCAGGAGCCUUCGGAGGAGGAGGCGGCGGCGGCGGAAAGCGGCCGGUGCGCCUCGGGAGGCGCCUUCUCCUCCCGGCCGGACUCCAUCAUCCGCACCAAGGACUCGCUGGCGGCGGGGGCCACCUUCCUGGGCUCCCCGGGCGCCGUGGAGGGAGCGCGGCAGUGCCUGGAGGCCUGCUGCGCCCGAGAGCCCUGCAGCCUCGCCGUCCUCCAGCGCGCCGCCACGCCCUCCGACGCCCCCCGCUGCUACCUCUUCAACUGCACCUUCCGCGGCCGCCACGUCUGCCUCUUCGCCCCGCAGCCGGGCUACCACAGCUACGCCCGACAGGAGCCCCGCGGCCCCGAAACUGAUGAGCCUCCCCUCAGCAAAGCAGGUACAGAUGUUAUCCUUCAGUUGCCUGUUGACUGGGUGAUUCUGGAUGGCCGAGAAAGUAUGGAUGACCAUGGAAUUAUACAGUAUGAAUGGACUUUGCUUCAGGGCGCCUCAUCAUUUGAUAUGAAGGUACCUCAGCCAGGAACACUGAAGCUUUCUCACUUGCAGGAAGGUAAAUACAUCUUACAGUUGACUGUGACUGACACCGCUGGCCAAAGGAGCUCCGAUAAUGUCUCAGUGACAGUGCUUCCCAUGGUUCACUCCAGAUUAGGAUGUUCUGGGAGUUGUUCACGCUACCAGUUCCUUUGUGAUGAUGGCUGCUGUAUUGACAUCACCUUUGCCUGUGAUGGACUGGAGCAAUGUCCUGACGGAUCUGAUGAAGCUUUCUGUCAGAAACUUGAUUCAGGAUCAAAGAAAACAACUCAUACAGCCAUUAGCUCUCUUCAGCAAAAUAGCAUUGGAUUAACUCAAGAUACCAACAAGCAACUUGCAUUUGAAAUCACCCAGAAAGCUGCUGCAAACAGUCAAACACCUGAUGCAGACAAGUUUGACCAAUCGCCCUCUCAGGGAUUGAAGAAAGAAACUACUGGAUCUGUGCUGGAGCAGUGCUUGUUGCCCCCCGAUGCUGGUCCAUGCAAUGGGCACUUUCCUCGCUGGCAUUUUGAUGAUAUUUUGGGUGCUUGUAUACAUUUCAUCUAUGGUGGCUGCAAAGGCAAUGGAAACAACUUCCUUCAAGAAUCUGACUGCCUUGUUGAAUGUGUAAACGUUCAUGGUUCUAGAACCUCAGGGAAAGACACAGAUGAUAAGAAUGAAGAUGACAUUGUGUCAUUAAAGGGCGCACAAAAUGAAAAAAGCCAUCCAGUCCCAGAAGCAGGCGCAGUACUGCCCUUAGCCUUGGGACUGGCCAUCACUGCUUUGCUGCUGCUCAUGGUAGCUUGCAGAUUGCGUUUAGUGAGACAGAAACUUAAGAAAGCCCGGCCCAUUAUGUCAGAGGAAUCGGAUUACCUCAUAAAUGGGAUGUAUCUCUAAAGGAGGAUUCAGGUUAUUUCUCUUUUCUCAAGCUUUCCGGAAUAAAGUGUGCCUCUUGCAUUUUUUUUUUUAACAACAACAAAAAUCAUAUUUUAGACAAAGAAGGAUCAGCCAUCUUCUGUAACUUUCUUUUGAAGUCUGUGGCAGACUAAAUGUGUGUAGUUGCAACAGCAUACUGAAUUGCUUCCCUGCCAGAGUUCUGUGACUGUCUUGACUGGCAGCAAGAUGGGUUUCUGACUUAUUAUUUUCUGUGUCUGUAGCAAUCUCACAAACCUUUUACUGCGAUUUCACUGUGCAGAGUAAUGUGACCGGAGCUUCUUAUGUGGUUUCUGAUUCGCUUUUAGAACUCCUAAACCUGCUGCCUGCUCUUUAUGCUCCAUCUUUUUCCCCAAUUUGCAAUAUAGUUUUGUGCAACCUGACAACAGCAAUUAGAAUCCCAGUGUCAGUUUCUGGGAUUGCUGUGCUAGUGUAAUAAGCAGUGUGAUCCUACUGCCAGUAGCUGGGAUACAUCAGGCCGUGGAUUGUUCAAUUAAACAUAUUAGAUCAGAGGUGGGAACUAUUGAGUGCAACUCCCAUUAGCCCUAGUCAGCAUAGCUGUUAGUGAGAAAUACUGGGAGUUGCAAUUCUGCAGUAUCUAGAAUAUUGCCAUUUUCUAUCACUGUACCACUAGGUGCAUAUUAUUUGCUACUACAUUGGCCACAGUGUAUGAUGUUAAGUGAGAAAGUACUUCCUCUCUUUCCCCCCAUAAGAAUGUUUCAUCACUAAUUUAGCUCUUUACAGGAUUUAUUUUUUAAAAAUUACUUGGCAUUGUGAUCAGUUCAAGAGGUGUCAAACUAGAAGAAUGGUUCCCAGCCUUUGGCUCUCCGGGUUGGCACUUUAACUCCCAGAAGCUCCAGCCAGCUUGGCCAACUGUCAGAGAUUUUGGGAGCUGAAAUACCAAAUUUCUGGGAAUCACUGAACUAGAAGUGUGUUACUGAUUGUGGAAAUUACUGCAUUUGGCAAGUUGCUUCUGUGGGGUAUUUUGGCCUAAAUCCAACUCAGUCUUUCAGGCAUGCAUUUGUUUACCAUUCACUUAUUAGUUCAGUGGGUCUAUUUCAGUUGGGAAUUGAAUUCAGACCAUAGAUUAUAAGAGCUUGUUUCAGUUUACAUAUCCAGAGGCCACAAGCAGGCUUGAACGUUUUCUAGUUAAACUAUAUUGGACUAGAAAUGGAACACAGUUUUGUUGUGACGUAGCAAGCUUGAUGUCCGGCAGUAUUUUGCUUUGCUAUUCUGUUACCAGCUUCUGCUGCAUUGCAAGCUGUACAUGGGGGUCUUAAAACAACCCAUCACAUAUAAAACUGCAGCUCCCAGCAGCCACAAAAUCACAACAUUGUUACACAUUCGUAGAUCCCGUUAAAUGUUUCAUGGAAAAGCUGUGCUAUCUUAGCUUUAUCCUGGGAGCCUUCCUUGUUCUUCAUAUUUAUGCUUGUUAACUUCUCUCCUCCUGUCUUUGCCCCAGGAAAUGACAAUUCCAUCAUUUUGUUCUAAACUUAAGUAUGUAACAGUCAACUUUGAAUCUGCCUAAAAUCUCUUUGACAGAUUUAUGUCAUCUCAGGUUUAUACUCCUUUCCUCCAAUUUGAGAGCUUAUUUCCUUCUUAGUCCUAUAUUUUUCAGAUUUUAAAAGAAGUGGCCAUGAUCAAAUUAGUAAUCGUGUUUACCAGGCUUCUCAGUUAUCAAUCCACACACUCAAAAAAAAAUGGUGAAAGACACCUUUUUCUUGCUAUAGGUACUUGAGAAUGUAUAAAUCACAAUACAGAAGUCCUGGCCUUUAGUAAAGUGAAAGAUUAAGCCCUACUGCCUCAUCAGUCCAGAUGGUGAUAAGAUAGUAGAUAAAUUGGUCAUUCAAGAUAGCCAUUAAGGUGCACUUAAAGCAUGUCAUUAUAUAGAUCAUCCCAUGAAUAAAAAUAUAAAUCUAUCACAGCUUGGAGAAAGACUGUAAGCAAGGUUGCCCUCUGCUAUGCUGCUUUUCUAAUUGUACCAUUUUGGUGUGUUUUUUUUAUUUGUAAAAAAGUUAAUAUGAAAUAUGUGGUAUCUACCUUCUUUCUAGAGUGGUACUUCCCAUUCUGAUACAGUCCAAGUUUCCAGUUCAACAAUUUGCUCCAUUGUUUCUGUGGACAAUGGAUUUGUCAUUUAAUCUUGAUGACAACACUGCCUAAUUGGACCUUCACAGCAGAGAAGAUUCAGUAACUACACCAAUUAAGAGUUUGUCCAUUUGUCUAAAACUAUUGACUGCAUUGUAAGAAGCAUUAUACAGUGAAGUGUGUAACUUGCGUAUGUUAUUGUGUGUGAACCCUCUUCUUUAUCCAACUUUAUAAAUGCAUUACAGUCAGAGGGCCCAGGUACAAAUCAUUAUAGAAAAGACACAACUACUUGGUAUGCUUUCUUUAUAUUAAUGAAAUAACUUACCACAGACUCCCAAAUUGCCAAUUUCCCAAUCCAAAUGUGUUAAGAAAAAUAAACCUAUUUUAUUCUUGA